AAUUUAUUUAUUUAUUUAUUUUUUUUUUUAUGUUUAUAGUUAAUUUUUUUUUUAUUCAUUAUUCUUAGUAUUAUUUAUUUAUAUAUUAGAAAAAUAUAUAACGAUUAGAAGAAAGCAAAAAAAAGGAGCAAAAAGAGAAUAAGUGACAGCUAUUGGACAUCACGUCUAAAAAUAGCAUCUGACAUAAUUGUUUGUCACUGUCCAAGACUGGGGGCGGGGAUUUGUAGCGAAUGAAAGUGAAGUCGCCAAAGCGAAGAUCAUGCGCAGUCUACGAUAGUUUCGCGGGCUUUUGGUGUCACGUGUCGAGAAAGGUCGUUGGCCUCUUCUCAAAACACUACCACCAGACUAGGACAAUCAGCUGUUCUUUUGGCGCGUGUUUUUUCCAUUUUUAUAAGUACUUAACCGUUCUUUGCAGAACUCCUACAAUAUUCUUUUAUAAAUAUCUAAGAGAACCUAUUUCAGCUGCUACACCACUUGAAGAAUAAACAAUGAAUUUUUAAUUUAUUGAUAUGUAAUAUAAUAUUUUUCGAUUACUCGGAUGUAGUCAAGUAUUUCGGAGAAUCGAAGCUAAAUUUCGUAGCUUUGACGCUAUACAUUUUUAUUUGGCGAAAAAGUGAAAAUUGCAACAUGUUGAGCGUCACUAGACAGCCACAGCAUCUAGCAGACACCCAAUUUGCGCAUGCCUAUGAGUUCCCCAUCACCUAAGUCUUGUCACCCAAGACUCCUAAACUCGGAGCUCAUCAGUUUUGAUCUGAACGAGAAAGACGUCAGGUCAAAAAUUAUUUUAAUAAUUAUUUAUUAAUUAUUUAUCAAUUAUUUAGUUCUUUUUUUUAUUAUAAUUUUUUUUUUAUUUAAUUUUUAAAUUGUUAAAAAUAAAAAGUGGUGCGGAAAAAAAGUAAGCUGCAGGUGUUUACAGUGUAGUAGCAAGAUGAACGUCAUAGUUCAAGGAUGGCAGAGCGUUUCUGCCGCUACUGAACAGUCCGAACUGGCGAUAACCGGAAAUAAGUUAGCCUAUUCUAAUUUGGAAAUUACGGUUAACGCUUUCGUCGAAGACUACAAUUCCACUGUAAACUUCAUACGGUCAACCAUCGAAGCUACCAAUACCAAGCUUCGGACCGAAGUAACGCCAGUCAUUUUUGCUUUCGGCCGAACUGGAUCCGGGAAGUCUUCAACCUUGAUCGGUGACCCGGCACGGAAAAUUCCAGGCCUGGCUUCAUCUUUGUUUCCCGAUGCAGCUCCAGACGAUCUUCGUUUCCGAGUACAAGAAUGGUCAUCGAAGACAACGAAGCGAAACCAUUUCCGGGACAUCGUGCGUACCCAGGACCCUGCUGUUACGGAACGUUCCUUUAUCCCUUGGAACGAGUUGACGUGGGAGGAAUUCAGCGAAUUUUGGCCGACGUUAGAAAGACGUACUGUAAAGGAUAACGGAGUCCAUCAAAAGUCAUCCCGUGGAGUUUUAAUUAUCGAAAUUGAGCGAAAAUCCACGGAAAAAAAGGUUUUCCUCAUCGACAUUCCUGGGUUACAAAGGAAAGAACGUGAUCAGGGAGGUGAUCAUCAGCCAUCUCCCGUCACCAAGUGGAUUUCAUCGAUGACGACGUCCUUCAUGAUGUAUUUGAGAAAGGACUCGUCGGCUGAUCCAGUCUGGCUGGAAAUCGAUGCGGUUUUUCCGGAUAAGACAGUCGCAUUUCUGUUGGCGUGUAUUAAGCGUCCAUAUAUAAGAAAAAAUGUCUAUUCGACGAUUAACUUUUUGCACGGGUUCAAAGACUUGCGGCCGGGCGAUUGGCGACCUGGCGGUUCAAGACAAUCAAUUUCUCCGGCACCGCACAGAAGACAGCGGCCAGAUCAAGUAUCUCCAUCGAGGAACUUACUGCAAGUUCCAGCAAUUACAGUCGAUGCCGCCGCUCCAGCAAUGUCCCGUGAUAUAUUUGAAGAGCUCAUUGAACAGAUGAGGGACUUGAGCAUCAAUAAAUUUAACCAACUCGGUGCUGAUGUCGAAAAUAACCAUGCUGCAAUCACCGAAAUCCAUGCUGCAGUCACUGAAAACCUUGCUGCAAUCACCGAAAACAAUGCUGCAAUCACCGAAAACAAUGCUGCAAUCACCGAAAACAAUGCUGCAAUCACCGAAAACAAUGCUGCAAUUAACGAACUGAGAGAAUUACACGAUGCUGAUUUAGACAUUCUCAAAGUUCAAUACCAGGAUUCGAUCAACGAACUGAGAGAUUUACAUGUUGCUGAUAUCAACAACCUCAAAGUUACUUACGAGGCUAAGAUCGACGAACUUACAGUUCGAUACGAUGCUCAGAUUAACAAUCUCCUUGCUGCGUUCAACCAACUUCAAACCCGACACGAUGCAGAAAUACGAGAUUUAAGAGCCCAAUUGGAGAAUCAGCAAAGGGAGCACCGCCAAUCUAUCGUGACACCACCUAGAGCAUCACCUCCACCUCAAGAUGUACAAGCGGAUGCAGCUCCAGUCGAACAACAACAGCCUGAAGAAGAAAAUCGGCAGUCAGAAUCAGCUCGUGAAUCGAGUAGUACAAAUCAGUCUAAUUCACCACGAGAUUCGUCACAAGAUGAUUUUCCGGAUGUGACGUUUACUUCUUCAGCCUCACCUGGCAGUGAGAUUUCUGGUGCUGAUGAGUCGGCUAUCGCAUCUCCAGCUCCACCAGUACCUAGUUGCUCGUCAGAAUCUCCAGAAAAUGCUCAGCGUUCUAGGUACGCCCUGAGGUCACGAUCUAACGUUCGGGAUAGUAUCAUCCAUAACUUCCUCGGCGAUCACGUGAGUGGCCGUAGACCCGCUGUUUUACCGUCCAGUAGUUCAAGUGAUGACGAUGACAGCGAUGCAAGAAAAACAAGUUUGAUGCUGCGUACGUUAAAAUUAGAUGACCCCCAACGAGCAAGGAUCAACUACACAUCAACGCUAUCCUUUGCUGUCGACGACGCAAAUCUGUACGCGAACACCAAUUUCGCGGAUCACAUCGGUUGGCACGGAAGAUCAACAACGUAUUGGAAGUGCAAGACAUGCGAUAAACCUUUCAAGUCAUGGGCAGUUAUUCUCCAUGUCUGGGCAUGUCAUCUCGAUGGAUUACUCAAAUGCGAUGUAGAAGGAUGCGACUUCGUUUGCCGUAGCCACACUACAAUGAGACUCCACUCCACCACACAUUAACUGGUCAGUCCACUGAAGAACAAGCUGGCAUAAAUUCAACUGAGAGGUAUUCCCUCAAGCUCUGAGAUACCAAUGACCAGCCAAGUUCUUCCAUCCGUAUUGGGUCAACACAUUACGAAUCAUUCAAGCUCUGUGGAUUCAUUGACCAGGUGGUUUCUCAUUGUAGUGAUGAUGCAGUAUAGAGUGUUGCAUUCUCUACAUUGCAUUUUAAUGAUACAUCGAUAUGAGUCAACCAGACAUGGGGAGUAAUUACCCAUGUUUUGAAAGGAGUAUCGCAUUACUUGUACCUCCAAAGCGAUGUAGAUCUACCGACCCAAGUGAUGGACUCCGUGAAAUUGGUGUUCGUCUAGACGGUAAAGGAUCACGUUGGUGUUAUGCUUAUCCAAGGACGUUGGGGAUCUUUUAACAUCAAAUGACUCAGCAUCGCUCUUGUUUUACUUGCAUCGUUGUCAUAAUCAUCACUUGAACUUCCUGAAGAUAAAACAGCGGGUUUACUGCUACCCGCUUGAUCGACUGUGAGAUACUUCUUGAUGAUACUAUCCUGUAGGUUGAUUCAUGACCUCAGGCCGUACUUAGGAAGCUGAGUAUUAUCCGGAGAUUACGACGAGUCGCUAGACACUAGUGAAGCUGGAGCUGCACUAGACGACUCAUCAGUAUCAGAAAUCUCACUUUCAGGUGACGCUGAAGAAAUAAACAUCCGGAAAAUCAUCUUGUGAUAAAGCUCGUGGUGAAUUAGACUGAUUUGUACUAGUCGAUUCUCGAGCUGAUUCCGAUUGCCGAUUUUCUUCUUCAGACUGUUGUUCGACUGAAGCAGCAUCGGCUAGUAAACCUUGAGGUGAAGGUGAUACUCCAAGUGGCGUAACAACAGGUUGGCAAUGCGCCAUUCGCUGAUUCUCUAUAUGGGCUCUUAAAUCUUGUAUUCCUGCAUCGUGUCGGGUUUGGAAAAGGUUGAACACAGCAAGGAGUUUGUUAUCCUGAGCAUCGUAUCGAUCUGUAAGAUCGUUGAUCUUAGCCUCGUAAUUAACUUUGAGGUUGUUGAUACCAGCAUCAUGUAAAUCUCUCAGUUCGUUGAUCUGAGCCUGGUGUGGAACUUUGAGAUUGUCGAAAUCAGCAUCAUGUAAAUCUCUCAGUUCGUUGAUUGCAGCAUGGUUUUCGUUGAUUGCAGCAUGGUUUUUGUCGACAUCAGCACUGAGUCGGUCAAAUUUAUUAAUGCUCAAGUCCCUCAUCUAUUCAAUGAGCUCUUCAAAUGUGUCACGGGACAUUGCUGGAACUUGCAGUAAGUUCCUCGAUGGAGAUGCUUAAUUUGGCCGCUGUCUUCUAUGCGGUACCGGAGAAAUUGAUUGCCUUGAACCGCCAGAUCGCCAAUCGUCCGGCCGCAAGUUUUUUAACCCGUGCAGUAAGUUAAUCGUCGGAUAGACAUUAUUUUUUAUGUAAGGACGCUUGAUACACGCCAACAGAAAUGCGACUGUCUUAUCCGGAAAAACUGCAUCGAUUUCCAGCCAGACUGGAUCAGCCGACGAGUCCUUUCUCAAAUACAUCAUGAAGGACGUCGUCAUCGACGAAAUCCACUUGGUGACGGUAGAUGGCUGAUGAUCACCUCCCUGAUCACGUUCUGUCCUCUGUAACCCAGGAAUGUCGAUUAGGAAAACCUUUUUUUCCGUGGAUUUUCGCUCCUACUGAAUAUAUUCAUGAUGAAUUGACGUGGACUCCAUUAUCCUCUACAAAACGUCUUUCUAUGGUCGGCCGGAAUUUGCUAAAUUCCUCCCACGCCAACUCGUUCCAAGGGGAUAAGGAACUUUCCAGUGCAGUAGGGUCCUGGUUGCGCACGAUAUCCCGGAACUGGUUUUGUUUAGAGCCAUGAGAUGACCAUUCUUGUGCGACUUACCGGAAACGAAGAUCGUCUGGAGCUGCAUCGGAAAACAAAGAGGAAGCCAGGCCUGGAAUUUUUCGUGGCGGGUCACCGAUCAAGGUUGAAGACUUGCCGGAUCCAGUUCAGCCGAAUGCAAAAAUGACUGGCGUUACUUCGGUCCGAAGCUUGGUAUUGGAAGCUUCAAUGGUUGACCGUAUGAAGUUUACGGAGGAUUCAUAGUCUUCGACAAAAGCGAUAACCGUAAUUUCCAGAUUAGAAUACGCUAACUUAUUUCCGGUUAUCGUCAGAUCGGACUGUUGAGUAGCGGCAGAAACGCUCUGCCAUCCUUAAACUAUGACGUUCAUCUUGCUACUAUAAAUAUACAGCAGAGCAAAUCAUAUAUCUAUAAACAUUUAAUUAUGAGUGUAAAUAUAAAAACAUAUGUAUACAUGUAUACAUUUGUAUAUAUAUGCACAUUCAGCGACGAACUUCUAGGAUUAGAUUAAAAUAAUCACUGCUUAAUUCGCCAUAUACCAAAGGGUGAAAUUUUGUGAACCAUAACUCAUUAUCUGAAGAUAAGAAGAACUGAAGAUAAGAAGAGGAGUGAUUUAAAAAUAAAUUUGAGGGGUGAGCGACGUUUCAUCCAAGUAUAUGACAGUUGAAGCUCUUCAGGUGUGUCUAUCCUAUAACUCAACUAAGACGUCUUGUUGGGAAGUACAUGUUGGCAUUGUUAUAAAUUGAGUCAAGCAUAUGGACGACUCACUGCGAGAGGCGCGAGCUGUACAGUGCAAUUUCGCAAAAUCAACUAAGAAAACAGAAACUUGUGGAUUGAAGCUGAUACUCAGGUGACCAGUAACUGCCGACGAAUUUCUCCUGUUGCCAGAAAUUGUUUUGUCGCAAGACUACAAACCCAGUAGUGCAAUUAACAAGAAAAAAAACUGCUCUGGAAUUACUGGUGGGGAUUCAGCCUCUGGUAUUUUGUCAGCCGUCAAAUCCUCUAUUGCCGUUGGAAAUUCUUCUGUAUGAGGCACCAUCGGGUUCGAAUCUAUGGCAUCAAGUCACAGUGGAUAUUUCAUUUAAACAAAAAGUCAUUGAUUGACAAGUAUAUUAAUUAAUUGUUUUAUUUUUUGAAUUAAUUAUUAUUAUAAGUUUAGUUUAAAUUUGUUUUUUUAUAUAUGAUCAUAUAUUUAUACUAUAUAAUUUUUGAUUAUGAAAUAAUUAUAUCCGCGAUGGUCACAAGGAGCCUAGACUUCAUGGCCAAAAACAAAUAAUUAAAUUAAGAGAAAAAAAAAAUAAAAUUAAUAGCUUUCAGUUAACGCUCUAGUAAGGUCGAAUAAAAAAUUACCAGACCUUAAAUUGUUAAAAGUUGAGCUUGAUCGGUCGGUAGGGACAUUUUUUAAAAAUGUUUUUUUUAGAUAAGUUGUAAUGUAGUCGAUGGAUUGAUUGCAAAAUCUAAAGUUUUUGAUCACAAAACUUUUUAACGAUCAGAACGUUUAUAGAUUAAAAUAUAAAUUUUUUUAAUUUUCACUUAGGGGAGAUCUUUUGUCUCAAUCUUAAUUUUUUUUGUCGCCAUGUGUGUAAAAUAUUUGAGGCGCCCAACCUCGUGAAAGUGAUAUAUUUCAAAUAUUAUGUACUUAACGAUUCUUUGAUGCGUAAAUACAUAUUUAAAUAAUUAUUUAAAGUACAACUCAAAGUUUCAUUAGAAUUUAAUUAAAAAUAUUGUAAACUAUAAUUUAAUUUUUAUAAAACUGAAGUUAAACGACGUCUACUAAUAUUUUAAUGUUUCAAAAAACGAUACAUUUCACCUGGAAUUUUUUUAAUUUUCUACACGUACAUAUUUUUUUUUUUUUAAAUUGUUUGUUGAAAAAAAAAUUCAAAAAUUAUUAAUUGUCUGUUAACUUCAGGAUCAUAACUUUCUUCUGUAAAAAUUUAAUUUAUUUAUUUACAAAAAAAAAAUUAUUUAUUGUCUGCUUUCAUUAUCAUUAGAAUUUUUACCAGUUCGAGUUUUUUUGUUCAUUUACUAAAUGUAUGAUGAAAGCAGAAAUGAUUUGAUAUAUUAAAUUUAUCAGCGAUGCUAAAAGUAACAGACACCUGAAAAUUUUUUUUAAAAUCAUGAUACAAUUUUUUUUAAAUUGACGCAUUUUUAAAAUAUUUUCCUUAGUAUUUAUACUGUUUAUUAAAAGUAAAAAAAUUUUUAAAUGUCUUUUACUUUUAGCAUCAUAAUUUAUUAGUAUAAUAAAUAAAUUUGUCUCUUCUUAUAAUUAUUUAUCUAUAUAAAUAUUAAAUGACAAUAAUAUUCAACAACUCUUAUAUUGGUUGUAAAUUUAAAUGUUAUAUUUUGUACUUUUAUUAUAAAUACAAGCAAAAAUAACUUUUAUAUAAAUAUCAUGUAAAAACUAAUUUAAUUUUUAUGAAACUGAAGUUAA